AAACUUAGUGACCUAAGUUUGUAAGGCGGCCUGUACAAACUUGCUGUUCUUGUGAUUAGAACAUAUUCAGGAGCCUGAUGUACGGUUUGUUUUUUCAGGAGUUUUCCCAUUAAAGUAUUGGAGUCUUUUGUGGUAACAGUCAAAAAAUGUUUCUAGACUUGCGUCUUAGAUGAAACGCUUGCAAAUUCUAGGUUUCACAGAAUUCCCCUUCCUAACCAAUGCAAGGUUAUCCUAAACUAGUAUGACACGUUUUUUGGUUAGGAAUCUGAAUCUGUUUAAAUCACUAAGUUGUCGUUCCAAACAUUUGUCAUCUUUGAAUAAUGGCCACCGUGUCUAAACACAAGAAAGUGAGGAUCAUGAAACAGAAGUUAAAACUUUUUCGAGCCAAUGAACCAUUAAAAAGUGUACUGAUGUGGGGCAUAAAUUAUUCGUUUUCCGCUCUAAAUCAUGUGAAGCAACGUGCACUGUUAUUAAAAGACGAUUUCAAAGCAUAUAUGAAAGUGAAGGUUAAUAACCACCAUUUUAACAAGGAGAAUAUGCCUAGUAAAUUCAAGUUUAAGGAGUACUGCCCAAUGGUGUUCAAGUCACUACGAGAUCGAUUUGGAGUUGACAAGAUGGAUUAUUGGGACUCUUUCACCAGACACCAACCAUUGUGGGAUAGUACACGUGAAAAAUCUGGAUCGAAAUUUCUAGUCACAUAUAACCGACAAUUUGUGGCCAAAACAAUCAGUUCAGAAGAAGUUGAACAAAUGCAUCAAAUGUUAGAAGAAUAUUAUUCUUACAUUGUCAAAGGACACGGUCAAACACUGCUUCCUCAAUUUCUUGGACUUUAUCGACUUACAGUGAAUGAUCAAGAGUCGUAUAUCUUAGUAAUGAGGAAUGUGUUCAGCCCAAGACUUGCGAUUCACAAGAAAUAUGAUUUGAAGGGUUCAGCUGUGGAUCGUGAAGCCAACGAAAAGGAGAAGUCGAAGCCCUUGCCAACUCUGAAAGAUGCAGAUUUUCUAACAGAUUUGUGCAAAAUGCAUAUUGGUGAAGAGUCUAAAAAGAAGAUGUUAAGUACUCUGGAAUGUGAUAUACAAUUCUUACAGGAGAACAAUUUGAUCGACUACAGCCUUCUUAUUGGGGUGCAUAAUCCUGAGAUUGCAUUGGCUAAUUCAAUUGAGGAUGCUGGUGAUGACGGUGAAGGUACUGGUGGUGGUGGUGUGUUGGAGCCUAACAGUCGAGGCUUCGAUGAUAGGAUGGUGUCUGCAGGUGACGGUCUGGGAACACUUAGCUCACAAUGGCAAUGUGGUCGUUUGUCGAUGGCUAGAUCGAGUAUUGUGCUUGGUCUGAGCUCGUCAGCAGCUGCCGAGGCUGCUAGUUGUGGUGUUGGUGUUGGUGUUGUUACUGGGAAUGCGAGCACAGGUGAUGAUGACGAUGAAGAGGAGGACGGGAUCAGUAUACCAGAGAACAAUACACAAGUCCCUACAAGUGAAUUGACCCCACCCGAUAGUCCACCUGGUGCAGAAUGUCUACCUCAAUUAUUCUCAGGUGAAUUGCAUCCUACUUUAGAACAUUAUGGAAUCAAAAGUUCAAUUGAUUCUCCUCAUCCACUGAUCUAUUUUGUGGCUAUUAUCGACAUACUGACUCGUUAUGGGAUGCGUAAACGUACAGCGCAAACUUACAAAACAGUGAAACAUGGUACUGAUGGUGGUUCUGUGAAACCGGAAUUCUACGGUCGUCGUUUAUUUGAAUUUGUUGAACAGUGCAUUGACUGAGCGGAAUGAGAAGUCUUAUUUGACCUGUGUAUGAAUGUACGCAUCGUUCCCUCUCUCUCACUCUCACUCUAUCUAUCUAUCUAUCUAUCUAUCUAUCUAUCUAUCUAUCUAUCUAUCUAUCUAUCUAUCUAUCUAUCUAUCUAUCUAUUUAUCUAUCUAUCUAACUGUGUAUGUAUGUUGUUUGCUGUAUCGAGUUCCUAUGUGUUUGUAUAUAAUGCGUGCAUAUCCGACUAUUCAACUAUGUAAUUGUACACAUAUGGUGCUAAAGCAUGCAUACACACCUACUUACAUGCAUUUAUAUAUGGACACAGACACGUACACUCUCACACUCAUAUAUAUUAUGGAUAAACAGACGGGCAUGGCCGUGUUGCCCGUUGUGGUUCCAGUGUUGAGGAAUCGUGAUCAGAAACCUUGUUUUUUUCUUUUGUUUUGCUGCAUUUUUAUUUUAUCGAGUACUUAUUUAUCUUUUGUUGAUUACUUUGUGGACACUUUCAAGUGUUCAACGUGUGUAUAUGUGACUGACUUUUGAUUGGUUAGAUUGUUUCUUUGAAGAAUACUGACUGUGAUAUUGGGAUAGUUGUUGAAGGUGGAAUGAUGUUUGAUGUGAGUGAGUGAGAUUGGUGAUUCAUUGUAAGCAGUGUGAUUGUGUUUAUUACAUGAGAAUUUAGUAUGAUGAAAAUGAAUAAUGAAUAGAUUGAUGUUGUUAUAUAAUGUUGAGUGAGAUUAGCGGAUUUUAGAUUGACAGUUAGAUGAUAUCACAAUAUUAAUUGAUUAUUGAUUUUUUGAUAUUUAAUAAUUUGUCGUAGUUAAUUGUUUGAAUGAUGCUUAUUAUUUCUCGUGAAUUGUUUGUUGCAUUAAUAAUUGUAUAAAGAGUAUAAUGAAUAAGGUUCUUCUAC